CAAUGCUAGAACCGAGGAUGGAUUUGAAAGGUAGCCUUGAGGCGAAAUACAGUCCUAUGGUGUAAUGCCCAAAAGGGCUAAUUCACCUCUCUUUCAGCCUAGGUUCCGUUUUUCCCUAAGCCUCAGGAUGCUUUCACAAUCCUGGAAAAGGAAAAACGGCCAAAAGACAGAGCAAUGAGAACAAUCACUUCUGCUUCUGACUGCAUUUUGAAAUAGUAUUAUUUGAAAGAACCAAAUUGACUCAUUUAUUAGUAUUAAAAUAAAAGCUCUUCAGCCUCAUGACACUAGAGCAUGAAAAAACCUUCCGCUAGGUGGAGGGCAUGUAUGCAAAUGAGGGAUGCUGAUUCUGCUUUCCCAUUGGUUACCUGAAAAGAGCCAAUGGGAGGCUUGCAAAGAGCCUACCUCCCGUUAGUAUAAAUACUUCUCUUGCGCUCGCUCUGGCUCUAUACUGCUUGCGUUUUCUUCUGGAGGCGUUUGCUUUUUACACCGUUAGUCAUGUCAGGUCGCGGCAAACAAGGCGGCAAGGCCCGCGCCAAGGCCAAGACUCGGUCAUCCCGGGCCGGCCUCCAGUUCCCGGUGGGCCGCGUGCACCGCCUGCUCCGCAAGGGCAACUAUUCGGAGCGGGUGGGCGCCGGCGCGCCCGUCUACCUGGCGGCCGUGCUCGAGUACCUGACGGCCGAGAUCCUGGAGCUGGCGGGCAACGCGGCGCGCGACAACAAGAAGACGCGCAUCAUCCCGCGCCACCUGCAGCUGGCCAUCCGCAACGACGAGGAGCUCAACAAGCUGCUGGGCCGCGUCACCAUCGCGCAGGGCGGCGUCCUGCCCAACAUCCAGGCCGUGCUGCUGCCCAAGAAGACCGAGAGCCACCACAAGGCCAAGGGAAAGUAAAAUGCUG